AUGAUGUCCUUUCAAGAUGUUCUUCCUCCAACUACACGGAGAUACAGAUAUGAGGGAUACCAUCAAUGUCUUGAGGUUUUGGAACAAGAGUCCGAGAGAUUGGAACGUGAAGAAGCUCCACUCGGAUGCGCAUAUAACCCUUAUUUCAUUAUGGAUAUUGACGAACGCUCCUUCCUCGAGUGUUUUGUAAAUUCGGGAGAUAAACUACUGAUGCUAUCAUGGGAAAUCUACGAUCAUGUCUCUCAGUCCGCUCUGUUAAAAAUGGAGUCUUCAGCCCACGCCGUUGCCGCCGGAGCGUUUAACACCAUCUUCUCUGCCUGGGCCAGAAGAGUGGCCGACCCUCUUCUCUCUCCCACAAGUACGAGAACUGUCCGCGGCCAGACACGAACCAAGAGAGCCGACAUCUCUUGGAGCCCGAGAGAGAUGCCAAAUGGCCGAUCGCAUAAGUGGCCAACUUUCGUUGGCGAGGUUGCGUGGUCGGAGCGUCGCACCAAACUCCAAGAAGACAUCAAGUUCUGGCUGGACGAUCCAGAUAGUGCCGUUAAUGCUGCCAUCACCAUCAGUGUGCUCCGCGAUAAGAUAAUGGUGGAGAGCUGGGAAAGGGGCUAUGACAAGGCUCCAUCGCCCAACCAAAAAAUUCAAAUUCUCCGCAACCCCCGUCCAGGCUGUUCUCAGGUCAAUGGCCAAAUCGAGAUAAAAUUUUCGGAUGUCUUCUUGAGAGAUAAGAGAGAUGGGGAGAGCGAUUUCCUUCUGACGGCAACGGAUAUGGACGAGCUUGCAGGUCACAUCUGGAACUACCAAUAUCCCGGGUAG